UUGAGCUUCUUUGACUGUGGUUCUAGAAUAUACUUCUUGUUGAUUAUGGACAUUAUAACUAUUUUACAGUUAUAGAACUGCUUUUUUUUUCUUGUAACUGGAGAUUUUAUCUAGUUUUCGGUUUAAUUACUUAUCGUCGAACAGGCUCAACAUGGCAUCUUGUAGUGAGACCAGCGUUGACUUCUACCAAAUACCCUUAGUUGCUUUAAAUCAUAGUGUUAGGAAAAAGCUUGGACUCUACUUAAAUCCGUCCAGCACUGUGGCAGAGGACUGGACUAAUAUCGCAGAGAGGAUGGAGUUUUCGUACCUUGAAAUUAAAAAUUAUGAAACGUGCCAAAAUCCUACUCUGAAGAUUUUGGAAGAUUGGCAAGCGCGCUGCCCAGACACAAGCGUUGGAAAAUUACUGUCGAUAAUCGAAGCUGCGGAAAGGAUGGAUAUAAUCUGUGAUCUCAAACCAGUAAUAGAGGCUGACUGCAUCAAGUAUCUGAAGAAGCAAAAGGACCCUCCAGUCCAGGUCCCAGAGGUGCAUAGCUCUAUCAGAACCCCAGAGCCUUAUAGCAUCACCAUGCUUGACGAUCCGAGGGGUCACUCUCCUGAGAUGUUUGAUGCCUUCAUCUGCUACUGCCAGAGCGAUUUUGACUUUGUCUACGAGAUGAUCAAGGAGCUGGAACAAACGUCCCACAAGCUGAAGCUGUGCGUGUUUGACAGAGAUGUCCUGCCUGGAACGUGUGUGUGGACCAUCACCAGUGAACUCAUUGAGAUGAGGCAAGUUAUGCAUUGUCACACAGGGUGCCGAAAGAUGGUGGUCAUUAUUUCCGAUGACUACCUGGACAGUGAGGCUUGUGAUUUCCAGACAAAGUUUGCUCUUAGCCUCUCUCCAGGUGCUCGCACCAAACGACUCAUUCCAGUGGUCUACAAGCCAAUGAAAAAGCCAUUUCCAAGCAUUCUACGGUUCCUGACGAUCUGUGACUACAACCGGCCCUGCACGCAGGCUUGGUUUUGGAGUCGGCUGGCUAAGGCCUUGUCUCUGCCCUGAUGGUGUGGGAUGGGUUGUGCGAAGGUCAUGAGUACACCACAAUAAUCCCUUUCAUUGCUGGCAGGUGGGGAAGUCUCUGGUUAGGUUUCCGAGCAGUAGAUGGCACCUACCUGGCAGACUCUGGAGUUUCUUUGUUAUACAGUUGCACGAAUGGUCUGCUCGCCAAACACGCACUUCACCAAUGCGCUCUAGUCUAGCUGAAGCAAUCAUAUCAAAGGGCGAACUAGUGAAUGUAUAGUUAAAAAAACAAAAAGAAGAAAUAUGAUGGUAUUUUUUAGAAUUUCAUAUUUUGAUAAAUUUUAUCUAUUCUGUUUUUGAAUUGAAUGAUUUGAUUUAUAUUUGGUUUGGUCCUUGCUUAACAUUGUUUUUUGCAUUCUCACCUGUGUUACUGUUGAACCACAAACAAAAAUAUAUAUGAGAUAAGAUGAAUUUGUUACAUUACGUUUGAGUGCUUUUACAUAAGCAAGGUUUUACUUUGGACAUUUGUAUCUCAAUGAGUAUGCAUUGGCAGAAAAUUGGCUAUUAUUUAUUAGCCUGGCUAGCGCCACCACUUCUCAAUGAGACGUGGUCUGGGAACCAAACGUUCAUUUUCUCGUAUUUGAAAAAAAUGCCCAGAUCCGUUUAUUGGGUGCCACGGCUGUCUAUCAAAUGC